GGCAUUAGUAAUAUUUCUUAUUUCUUGCUACAUAAUAUGUUGUAUCAAUACUGUUCCAGUUAACAAUGGCAAAGAUUUUCCGCUAGAAAAGAUGAACACAUUACAAGUUGAUACAAAUAAUGUAUAUACGAAAGAUAAUCCGGAAGUCGUUAUAAAAACAAAUGAUGCGGAAUUGUUAUCGACGGCAGAGAGUAAUAAUUAUGUGUAUCGACCACUUUUCGUUUACAGAAGGAUUGAACAUAGUAAACGCAGGAUCACUAUGUAUAACUCUUUCGCUGGUUAGAACAUUGUUGCCAUGGCCGGUAUAUCACCAUUUCAUGAUUUUACAAAUAAGAUAAACUCAAAGAUCAAUGACAGGUUUAUAUUGAAUUCUCCUUACAAAGUUCUCAAGCACUUGGACAAUUCAAUUUUGAAAGCUACUAAAAAUGUUACUCAAAAUCCUGUAAUGGAAGAAAACCUUUACCAAAUUUCGAAGGAUUUAGUUUCUGCGAUUUUAACAAAGCUUGAAAUCCAGGACAAAAUAACUAGGAUCACACGAGAAGCUCUGGAUGCACCCGGUAAAACAAAAGGAAUGACUGCAAUAGAAACAAGACGUAUUUUGGAUUACAUAUCAAGAACACUAUCGGGCCAUAUUCUUACAAUAACUAGGGCAUCAACAGAACCUGAACUGCAUCGUUUAGUAUUUGGUUUGGCACAAAUAGCUGCAGAAGUAUCAAUUGUUUCAGCGUUGAAGGAUAUAACAUAUGCCACAGCAUUAUCUAAAAAGCAAUCAGUAGAUUUGUCGUUUCGAAGAAAGAGGUCCGUCACGUCCAUAGGGGAACAAGUUAACACAACACCGGUACCAGCCAAUAGUUUACUGUCUACGGCUUACAGCGCAAUAUUGAAUAAAUCAAUUAAUUCAGUUGGAACGCAAAAUAUUUACUCCAAUAAAAACACAGUUGAACAAAUAAAUCCGUAUUCGGUCAUUUCAAAACAGGAAAGGAAAGCUGUACAGGUUUUAUCUAGUAAGAAAAAGUCUUUAGCUUCAGUUUCCAAAGGAUUUUUAAAUCAAACAGCUCUGGAUAUCGAAAACAAUCGCACAAAUGUGACUGAUAGUGACGCAAUUAUUUUGGACAACAAACUAAAUGGAACCCGUCUGCUAACUGUAAAUAGUCAUACUUUGGAUACACGAGAACCUAAUGUACCUAGCCUUGUAGAUGACUGGAUAGAUCCAAAAGAAAAUGUGUACGGUCUUAAUCCUGAUCUUGUAGCUGAAAUGGAAAUAGACCAACCAAUAACAGAGGAUGAAACUUUUAACGAAAAGAAGGCAAAACAAAAACUGGAACGUCUUGAAUUAAAAGCUAAAAAGGCUAUACUUUACGCCGGGGAUGUUGCUUACUUGACUGCUGCCAGUGUAGUGGCCUUGAGACGUGCACUAACGGCUUCCAUAGAGGUUCAUAUGUCGGUUAACUAUGCUAAGAAUGGUAUGUCAAAUCAUCAAGAUCUGAUGAUGAAUUUAGCAAAAACAGCAGCACAACAAGCUGGCAAAGAGGCUAAAAGUGCAACAUCUAAGUCGCUUGCUUGCGAACGUGUCAUCAAAUUGGCUUUAAAGUAUACUGCCCAGUCUAAAGGAGCUAAGUUGAAUCACGUUGCAAGCAGAAUUGUAAUGGAUACAUUGUCUUUGGCAACGCUCGCUAAAUCAAUGGCUUUUGUGUCUUCUGAUAUUGCUAUCAAUUCUUUAUAUCAAGCUACUGAUGUAAAACCGCCUUCGUAAUUUCGUAUGUGUUGUAUGUUUUAUUGAAUAACAUUUUGUUUUAUAUUUUUCAUAAUAUAUAAUGUAUCAGACAUAUGUAAUAAAUCAUCGUAAUUUAUUUAAGUA